UGCAAUUGAUCCUGACGAAGACAGUAAUUCAAAACUGACCUACAAACUGUUAAACAGUUCGCCAAGAAAUAUUCUAAUUUCGUCAAUGAUAAACAUCAACUCGGAGACUGGAGAUAUAGUAACUCUGCAGUCUUUUAACCACGAGGAGUUAAAAACGUUUCAGUUUAAAGUUCAGGCCACAGACUCUGGUGUUCCUCCGCUCAGCAGCAACGUGACUGUGAACGUUUUAGUCCUGGAUGAGAACGACAACAGUCCCACCAUCCUCUUGCCAUAUUCUGAGCACGGCUCCGUUAACAGUGAGAGCAUCCCCUAUUCUGCUGAAGCGGGAUACUUUGUGGCAAAGAUCAGGGCUGUAGACGCAGACUCUGGAUACAACGCGCUGCUUUCUUAUCACCUCUCUGAGCCCAAAGGAAACAACCUCUUCCGGAUCGGAACCAGCACCGGAGAGAUCAGGACUAAGAGGAGAAUGAGUGACAAUGACCUGAAAACUCACCCCUUGGUGGUGUUGGUGUCUGAUAACGGAGAACCCUCCCUGUCAGCUACUGUGUCUAUUGACGUGGUGGUGGUUGAAAGCACAGCUGACAUCCAGACUCAGUUCAGACACGUUCCCCUAAAGGAGGACAGCUUCUCUGACUUAAACCUGUAUCUGCUGAUCGCCAUUGUGUCGGUGUCGGUGAUCUUUCUGCUGAGCCUCGUCAGUUUAAUAGCUGUCAAAUGCCACAGGACAGACGGCAGCUUCAGCAGGUACAGCGCCCCAAUGAUCACCACCCACCCGGACGGGAGCUGGUCUUACUCUAAAUCUACUCAGCAGUACGACGUGUGUUUCAGCUCAGACACACUGAAGAGUGACGUAGUGGUUUACCCCGCACCUUAUCCGCAAGUAGAUGGUGAGCUGAUCAGUAUUAAUGGAGGAGAUACCUUUACCAGAACACAGACUUUACCAAACAAAGACAAGGUAAGAUAUGAUCAUGUUGAUAUUAAUCAAAACAAGAGUUUUCUGCUUUUUGGUCCGUAUGCUACAGAGAAACUCUUAUUGUGCCAAGCAAAGUGUUUAUCCACACCCCAUUGAUAUAUUUUUUACUAU